CCCUUAUCCAUCUCUCCCUCUACUCUACUCUUUCCAUUCUAUUCCUCGUUCUUAGAUGCCCCUCCUCUGCAGGACACGAAGGGUUCAUCCCUACUCUUUAACCCGUCUACCUUGCAUUCCUCCCAGCUCAACACCUGCUCGUCACGGAGAGGAGAGGAGUGGAGAGGAGAGGAAAGAAAGAGAAAACGGAGGCACCAACACCCCCCUCCCCACCCCCACCCGCAAAAAACCUACAUAUGGGGAAUUUGCGUAGGACACUGUGCAGCCUCCCUGCUCUUUAACCCGUCUGUCAGGAUCAGCACCUCGCAUUCCUCUUGGCUCAGUGAUUCUCAAAGUGUGGUCCGUGAGUGGAUUUCUACUUUUCCAAGACGAGCUAGCAGUAGGCCAUAAUUGUGAGAUUAUUACAAAGUUAAACAUAGCUGAAGUCUUAUUUUCACCAUAAUAAGACAGGCUUGCAUUGUGAAUAAAAAGUGAGUGAUCUGGAGUGUCAAAUUAGCACCCCUCAACUGUCAGUUCAGUUGACAGGUGGUCCCUUAACCUUUUUUUGAUAGGGAAAGUGGUCCUCGGUCUGAAAAAGUUUGAGAAACACUGCUCUUGGCUCCACACCUGCCUGUGACCCUCACCCUGCUCUGCGAGGCUUCUUACCACUCUGAUAUUGUCAUCUGGCCUUUUCGCAUCCCCCAGCCCCCCUAUCCUAGCCCAGCAAGGUCUGGAAGAAGUUUCUCGAAACUCACAUUCUAGCUAACUACAUUAGGCACUUGAGUUGGUUUUGCCAUGGCUAAUUGCAUUGCAACCAAGUUGCUAACUAACUAGCUAGCUAUUGCGCUUUCGGGCAAUGCGGGGGUGAGUUUCUCAAAAGAGAAGUUGUUAGCCUGUUAGCAAUUUCGGUAGUUGCCAAUGGGAAAAUGCAUUGAAAACAACAAAGUAGCUAAUGUAGUAAGCAACUUUGGUUUCGAGCAAUGCAACCCUGCUCUGUUAUGGGUCUGGGAUGGCUGGACUGCUCUGGACUGAGCUCAGCUGUGAUGGUGUGCUGGUCUGACCAAGGCAAUGCCCCUACCGACCACCAGGCCCCCGCCGACCACCGGGCCCCCGCAGACCACCGGGCCCCUACCGACCACCGGGCCCCUACCGACCACCGGGCCCCUAUCGACCACCGGGCCCCUGCCGACCACCGGGCCCCUGCCGACCACCGGGCCCCUACCGACCACCGGGCCCCUAUCGACCACGGAGCCCCUAUCGACCACCGGGCCCCUGCCGACCACCGGGCCCCUGCCGACCACCGGGCCCCUAUCGACCACCGGGCCCCUACCGACCACCGGGCCCCUACCGACCACCGGGCCCCUGAGGCAUCAUGGGAAUGCACUGCACUGCACUGCACUGCAGCUCUUCCGGACGUUUCCUGAUCUGGGUUGGGUUGGGUUGAGCGACGUUGGGAUGGGAGGGGAUGGACUCAGCUUAACUCUGGUCAGCUGUGGCGGUGUGCUGGUCUAAGCGGGUCACUGCCAGGCAACUGCGACCAUAGCCCCCCCAGGCAUGCUCUGCUCUGGUCCGCUCUGGUCUGCUCUGCUCUGCUCUAGGCUGGGCUGGGCUGUGCUGGGAAAGGAUGGGAUGGGCUGGGCUUAGCUCAGGCCAGCCAUGGCAGUGUGUUGGCCUGACCAGGUCAAGGCCCCUACAACCAGGCCCUUGGGGCAUGGGAAUGCAGCUCCCCAGGCCUGGCUUGAUAUAAUGGGGGCUGGGCUGGGGGAGCUCAGCUGUGGCGUUGUGUGUUGUGCUGGUCUGACCAGGUCAAGGCUGCUGCCACUGGGCCCCUGGGGCGUACUGUACUGCACUGCAGGACUGCAGUCGGCCCCAGCCCGGGCGGACACCGUUAUGUUAUGUGGGCCGGAGGUAAUUACAGGGCCCCCAUAGGCAAUGGAACGUCGCAGAGCACAAUUUACAUUCCAGCACCGUGUCGUUUCUCAAAUCCGUGGCCAGUGACUCGCGAAGCUGCCCCCUUGACUCUUUAGGGGAAAUUGGUCGCAGACGAGGACUCAAAACUGCCCCCUUGCUCCAUCGGAUCUACACUAGAGACCAGACUUUUUCUCACCAAUGGCCUUCCACAUGUGCUCCCACAAUUCCCAAACUGACAACAGCUUGUUCUCACUGUCUUUUCUUCCCCUCCCGCCCUUUUCUCUUC